AUGGUGAGUGUUGAAACAACUGAUUAAACCUGCAGCAGCAGGAUGAUAAACAAAUAGGAUUAACAAAUGAGCAGAGUUUGCUUCAUAAACCUAAAAACGGAUGGAUUUUACUGAAAUCACCCUGAAUCUGUCAGGGUCUCUGCAGCUCACCUGGAGCCUCAUUUAUCAACCGUGCGUACGCACAGAUGUGUGCGUAAUGAGUGCGUAGGAACAUUCCCACGCAAAGUCUGGAAUUUAUCAACCUGUACUUGUGCUUAGGAACGUGCGUAAAUUUAAGCACAACUCUGACCAUGCCUACACACAAAACCUAGUGGUAGGACAUUCAAACUACAAAUAGAACCCAUUAAAGGAGUCACAGCGUUCAGCAAUCUCAAACUUCACACGUUAUCUGCUGCCUCCAUACAAAAUUGAUCAAUUAGUAAUUUACCGGACAUAUUGAAUGAUUGGUGAGACAAGCUAUAAAAAUCUGCUGUGACAGGACAACCUCAAAAGAAGUCUUACAAGUAUCAUGGUUUAUUUUGCGCUAUUGGAGGACUUGGAGAAGCGUCUGCUCAUCCGCAGGGAGCGCGUUUUCAAAGAGCGUGCUGAUCUGUUCAGUGAGAACACAAAGUGGAUUCUCAGCAGGUACCGCUUCCCCAAAAACAUUUGAAUGGAUUUACGCCGUGAUUUACUACCCGUGUCGGAGCGAGAAACAAAACGCACCAGAGCCACCCCAGCGCACAUUCAGCUCCUGUCCACCCUAACCGGAACAUUUCAGUGUGAGAUUGGAGACAUAUGCGAUAUUUCGCAGCCAACGCUAAGCAGAAUCAUGCCGGCAGAGUUGGAUGUAUUAAUUUCCCUGGCCACAAUUUACAUCCAGUUCCCGUACACACAUCACCAACAAGCCGAAAUAAAACGAGGAUUUCAUGCCAUCGCUGGAUUCCCGAACAUAAUUGGAGCCAUAGAUUGCACCCACAUCGCAAUAAAAGCACCUUCACACAAUAAAUUCAGAUUUGUCAACAGGAAAAGAUUUCUUUCAAUCAAUGUACAAAUAAUCUGCCAUGCACAUUUGUUUCUGUUUCUGUUCAUUCAUUCUGCAGAACAGCUCUGUGAGUGUGCACCUCCAGGAGAAGGAAAAAAAUUCAUUCACGCAUUUUAAAGGAAUUGUUGAUACCAUAUAUGGACAAUUGGAGGCGUUUCUGAAUGCAAAUGACUCUAACCAUGCACAAGCACGGUAGUAAAGAACAGGUGGGAUUUAUCAUCACCGAUUACUUCUCAGACUGACUGACUGUCCGCACGUUUGAUAAAUAUGGAUUUUUUUGUACUUACGCACAUUCGACAUUUCAUUCCUACGCCAGAAUUUAGAACCUUUUCUACGCACGUUUGAUAAAUGAGGCCCCUGGUCCUGGUUAGUUUGGGGGGCUGGAUUUAAUAAUCCUAAAUGCUCUGGACGGAGAAAAACAUGUAAAAUACUGGCAAACCAAGCAAAUUUAGUUUUUAUUUUUAAAAAAACUUUAAAGAUUCAAAACUUUCACAUAAACACACCGUUUUUAUUGAGCAAAGUGCAGUUUAGAGCACAUGAACUGAGGACGACUACUGAAGUUCUGUGUACAGAAAAUAUAAAAAAUCAAAUUACACAAAAUAAAGACCAAAAAACAAAAACAUGUAUUUUUACUGCUUUUAGGCCACAUUAAUCGGAUAACAUAACGCAUGCCUUUCAAAAUUCGCUUUUUUUCAAAAUACACACCAGAUGCGCAUUAAUCUGUUUAUUUUUUUUUUUAAUCGGAACAGUACAUACUAAUGAACAUUUACAUGAAAAUAUGUGGGAUUAAAGCCAAAUGGCUAUUUUCCAUCCCCAGUCCCAUUGGAAGCCGUGGUUUUCUUCCGCUUCAUCCGGGUCUGGGUUCGUGGGGGCAGCAGCUUCAGGGGGGAAGCCCAGACGGCCCUCAUCCCAGCCAUUUCCACCAGCUCCUCUGGGGGGAUUCCCAGGCCAGGCGAGAGAUAUAAUCCCUACAACUGGUCCUGGGCCAGCCACGAGGUCUCCUCCCAGUGGGACAUGUCCGGAGCACCUCUAACAGGAGGGGUCCAGAGGGCAUCCUGACCAGAUGCCCGAGCCACCUCAGCUGACUCCUCUCGACAUGGAGGAGCAGCGGUUCUACUCUGAGCGCCUCCCGAGUGUCUGAGCUCCUUGUAUCUGCGAUCUUGUUCUUUGGGUCAUUACCCAAAGUUCAUGGCCAUAGGUGAGGCCCGCACGUAGAUCGACCGGUAAAUCGAGAGUCUUGCCUUAUGGCUCAGCUCUUUCUUCACCAUGACUGAUUGGUGAAGUGUCCGCAUCACUGCUGACACCGCUCCGAUCCGCCUAUCAAUCUCCCAUUCCAUCCUACCCUCACUCAUGAACAAGAUCCUGAGAUACUUAAACUCCUCCACUUGAGGCAGGACCUCCCCUCCAACCCAGAGAAGAAAAUCUACCUUUUUCCGACUGAGGACCGUGGCCUCAUGGACUUGGAGGUGCUGAUUCGCAUUCCAGCCACUUCACACUCAGCCGCCAACUGCCGCAGCAAGAGCUGAAGGUCACUGCUCGACGAAGCUAGAAGAACCACAUCAUCUGCAAAAAGCAGCAACGCAAUCCUCUACCUGCCGAACUAGACACCCUCCACCCCCUGGCUGCACCUAGAAAUUCUGUCCAUAAAGGUUAUGAACAGAACCGAUGACAAAGGGCAGCCCUCAGUCCAAGCGGGGGAUACGCUGUUGACUCUCUGCGACUCUCCCGCCAAAUGCAUACAACGCUACUGCACAAUGUUGGUUUCAGGAAAUGAAGAAAAAUCGCGGAACUACCAAGAACUUUUUGGCUUCAAAUUCUUUUACUGAUGGAACCAAGUUGUCCAUAGUAUAUACAGUCCAAGGCUGCAUUUGAGUUACCACGGAAGUCACAUGUCGGAGCUGAAAAUGACGUCACACCUGAGCGUUUCAGUUACCAAGUCGGGAAAAAAGCAGAAUCGGAGGUGGACACAAGAUGGCUACAUCUACGAAAGCUAUUUUAGGGCUUGCUUGCCUUGUCCGAGUGUAAGGCAAAUACUAAAAUAGUUUACCACAGCGACUCUCGGCAACUCUCCCACCGAAUUGAACAACACUACUGUGCAAUGUUGGUUUUAGGAAAUGGAAAAAAAUCCAAGGCGGAACCAAGUUGUCCAUAGUUUAUACAGUCUAUGGUUUGGACCCAAAAGUGGGUCGCAGACACGUUCUGGAUGGAUCACAAACAGCUGGUCAAAAAAGUAAAUAUUUAAUGCACAUCUGAUGUUUGACUUUUAUUUUAAAAAUUGGUUAUUUUGAAAGGCACGUGUUCUGUCUUGGUCCUCUUCAGUUUCGUAUUAAUGUGACCUGAAUGCAGUAAAAAUACAUGUGUUGUUGUUGUUGUUUUUUUUUGUUUUCUUUUGUGCAGUUUGAUAUUUUCUGUAUAUGCAACUUCAGUAGUUGUCAUCCUCAGUUCAUGUGCUCUGAAAUGCACUUUACUCAAUAAAAUGUUUGUAUUUAUGUUAAAGACUUGAGUCUUUAAAGGUUCUUAAUAAAAGCUAAAUUUGCUUGGUUUGAAUUUUAUAAAAGUGGGUCGUGAUUUCAGGACCAUGAGAAAAUGUGGGUCCCAGAGUGUGAUCAAAUCAAAUCAAACUUAAUACAGAGAUAUCUCCAAAAUAAUUUCUCAAUUAAAUAUAAAUAUUAAACAUUUUUUUUCAUGAAAACCAGAAAUAUUUUACAAAAUGCCAAAAUAUGAAACAGAGUUUUUAAAAGUUUCUGUGUCAGAACGUGAAUCUGUGAGAGAGCAGGGUGAUAGAGGCUGAAUCAUUGAAGGUCCUUCUCUCUUCAGAGUCAGUUACAGGUACAAGUCCCAGAUAUAAAGACAUGUAGAGCUCACCUGGUUUUAGAAAAACGUUCCUCUCAGCGAUGGCAGAGGAGACGGACUUCCUCAUGUUUCUGCUUCAAAGAGACGUUUGACUUUCUGCCGUUUGUGUCUCAGUCUGAGGAGGCUGCAGGAGCAGGGGGAGGCCCGCAGGACGAGGAGGAGCAGGGAGGAGGAGGAGGAGGAGGAGGAGAAGAUGGAGGUGAGGGAGGAGAAGGAGGAGAGGAAGGAGAGGUUGCCAUGGAAACCCCUGAUGGCCCGCUGUACUGUGUCUGCAGGAGACCAGACAUCAACUGUUUCAUGAUGUGAGAAAAAAAAUUCACAAUUUUUCAUAGAAAAGAUUCACAAUCAAACGUUAAACGCGUGUGUGUGUGUGUGUGUGUGUGUGUGUGUGUGUGUGUGUGUGUGUGUGUGUGUGUCUCAGAGGGUGUGACAGCUGCACCGAGUGGUUUCACGGAGACUGUAUCGGAGUUUCAGAGCGUGCAGCCAAGUCCAUCAGGGUGUGGUACUGUCCGUCUUGCAGAGGUCAGUCUCAUCUUUAGCCAAUUUCGAUCAAACAGAGACAUUCAUGAAGUUCAAAAAACUCAAAAUAUGUGAUAAAUCUCAGAGUAUUUAGGCGAUUUUAAAUUUUAAUUUAUAUAAUUACGACAAACAGCUUAAAUUUUUACAAAAGCAUCAGGACAAACCUGAAAAUAUUUCCUUUUGAGUUUCAGUAAAUCAGUGUUUGAACUCUAAACACCCUCAGUCGACUUCACACUUUUAAUAAGGUCAAAUAUCGGAGCCUUUAAGUGUGCGCUGUCCCCUCUGCAGACUCAGACCCGUCGCUGGAGAUUAAAUACCGUCCCAAAAAGAUGAAGGAGAAGGAGGAGAAGGAGGCGGAGCCAGAGAGGGAGGAUAAACAUGAUGGAGACGGGGGCUCCACCCCUCAACCCAAAGCUGACAAGAGGCGAGGCUCACAGGUAAGCGAAGUCUAAAACCAGUGGGAGGUUUUGUGCGAAUGUUUCCUGAGGUCUUAGGGAUCCAAAUUUGACUCUCUUUUUGGAAACCAUGGACGCUGCAUCUUCUGCUAGACGACACUAGAGGGACCGCCUGGCUUGUUGGUCUGGCACCCCUGCUGGUCUGGGGAUGCAGUCCUGGUCUUGUACUUCUUUUGUUUCAUUUGUAUAAUAAUGAUGAGGAUUGUCAUGAGGAUUGUUAAAUGCUGCGUUUGAGUUACCUCAGAAGUCAGAUGUCUGAGCCGAAAAUGACGUCACACCUGAGUUCCCAGCGUUUCAGUAACCAAGUUGGGAAAAAAAGCAAAAUCGAAGGCGAGAUGGCUACAUCUAUGAAAGUUAUUUUAGCGCUAACUUUGUCCAAAUAUAAGGCAAGCGCUAAAAAUACUUUUGUGUAAAGUAUCUAAUGUAUUACAUAAUUUGUUCUAUAAUUAUCAUUACUAUAUCCUACCACAUUUAUUUAUUAAAUAAGUUUAUUUUACUAUGUAUAUAUAUAUGUAUAUGUAUAUAUAUAUAUAUAUAUAUAUAUAUAUAUAUAUAUAUAUAUAUAUAUAUAUAUAUAUAUUCUAUUAUUUAUUCACCUACUUAAUAUUAUUAUUAUUAUUGUUAUUUCCCUCCCUCCUCUUUUUUUUUUCUUUUUUUUUUGCUCUAUUAUUAUUAUAAUAAUAAUUUUUGUUAAGUCAUAACACUUACUCUUUCCUCUUUCACUCUUUCCUCAAAAGCAUCAUUUAUCCUAUAAUUAUCAUUACUAUAUCCUAUCACAGUUAUUUACUUAAUUACUUUGUGGGUAUAUAUAUAUUAUACAUAUAUGUGUGUGUGUGUGUACAUAUACAUAUUUCUUAUAAAUUAACCUGUUAUUCUAUUAUUUAUUUACCUACUUAUUGCUACUUUAUCUUGAGUGUUUAUUAUUAUUAUUAUUAUUAUUAUUAUUAUUAUUAUUAUUAAUAUUUUCCUCUCUCCUUCCUUUUUUCUGUUUUUUUGCUCUCUUAUUAUUAUAAUAUUUUUUGUAAUUUUUGUUAAGUCAUAAUGCUUACCCCCUCUUCUUUUACUUUUUUCUCAAAAGUAUAUUCCAUAAUUAUCAUUAAUAUACCCUACCACAUUUAUUUAAUUUAUUUUACCAUGUAUAUGUUAUGUGUAUACAUGUAUAUUAUAAAUGUACCUGUAAUUCUAUUGUUUAUUUAGCUGCUUAUUAUUAUUUUAUCAUGGUUUUUAUUUAUUAUUAUUAUUAUUAUUAUCAUUAUUAUUAUUAUUACCUCUGCCAAGGAGGUUAUGUAAUCGUUAGCUUUGGUUUGUUUGUCUGUUAACAACUUUACGGAGAAAGUAACAGACGGAUUGACCUGAAAUUUUAACCAGAGGUGUGUCUCAGCCCCAGGAGGAUCCCAUUACAUUUUGGUGGUGAUUCGGAUUGCCUUCUGGAUUCAGAAAUUUUUUGAAGGAUUCUUUAUCAUUGUGAGAUAGGGCAAAUUUUGGAAUUUUUGCAUUUAGCUCAAUAAAAAUGGCCAGAAUCUUUGGUAAAAAAUGACACAAAAGGAUCUCAAUGAGUUUUAUGAGGUGUCAAAGGUUGAUCCUGAUCCAGACAAAAUUCUGGAGUGUCGUUUGAAUUUUCAAUGCUGAAAGAUAACCAAUGAAGAUACAAGGAAGUGUACGCUUACAAAUAUUGCAUAAUAAAUCAUGCAUUUAUGUAUCUAAUAUGAGCUUUGUUGUUUUAGGAACAUUAUGGACAGUGAACAUACCAGUUUAAACACAAAUAAAAGUUAAUAAAAGACACGUAACAGUAAAAGUUUUGAUUUGAAUCACAAUAUAAGGGGGGACAUGAGCUGCUUGGCGGAGGUCUGCGCUCUCCGAGUGCUUUUCUAGUUUACUCUAUAAUUAUCAUAACUGUAUCCUACCACAUUUAUUCAGUUUAUUUUACUAUGCACAUACAGUAUAUGUGUAUAUACAUAUAUAUUAUAAAUUUACCUGUAAUUCUUUUAUUUUUUAAACUACUUAUUAGUAUUUUAUUGUGGUUUUUAUUUAUUUUUAUUAUUAUUAUUGUUAUUAAUAUUAUUAUUGUUAUUUAUUUAUUUAUUUUAUUAUUAUUAUUUUUUUUUUUCCUCCCUCCCCUUUUUUUUUUUUUGCUUUAUUAUUAUAAUAAUAAUUUUUAUUUUCUUUAGUCAUAAUGCUUACUCUUUCCUCUUUCACUCUUUCUUCAUCAAGCAUAAAAAUUUAAAAAAAAAGGGGAUGAAGAGCGGACAAACACACUCACUUCACAACACACAUAAAAACACCGGACUCCUAACAUUUACUUAAACACAGUCUUUCUAACACCUUCUUCAUGUAUCUAAAUGUGUUUCUGCUGUAUUUGUCACUUUGUCUGUUUGCUCUGUAUUUAUGUCGUUAACCACCUGUCAUGAUCCAUCCUGCAUCACCCAAUUAAAUAUCAAACUUUCAUAGAUGUAGCCAUCUUGCUUUCGCCUGCUAUUUUGCUUUUUUCUGACUUGGUAACUGAAAUGCAGGGAACUCGGGUGUGAUGACAUUUUCUCGAACGCAUCAUAACCGUUGUAUAUUCGCAGAUCAAGCGCUCUGCCCGGAUGUGCGGAGAGUGCGAUGCCUGCCUGAGGACAGAGGACUGCGCUCAGUGUGACUUCUGCAAAGACAUGAAGAAGUUUGGAGGUCCGAAUAAGAUCAGGCAGAAGUGUCGCCUAAGGCAGUGUGAGGUCCGAGCCCGGGUGAGUUCUGGUUCUGAUCAUCAGCGCGAUUUCUGACUCCAAACACCUGUGGGGAUGAAAGUUUACCUGCGGACCGGUGUGCUGAUGCUGUUUGUCUGUGAGCAGAAGAUGCUCCGUGUCAAAGAUGAGGAGAUUGGUCGGAGCAGCAGCAGGGGGCGUGUCCUCUCUAGGAAGGGGGCGGGGAAUCAAACAGAGGAGGAGGACGAUGAUGAGGAUGAGGAGGGAGCGUUCAGCGAGAGUGAGCUGGAGCUGUACGAGCAGUACAAAGCAGCCGGAUACAGAGACCUGGUCAGUAUGUGUGAAGGUGGAUGACCAAUCAGAGGUUAGAAGAGGCACUUCCUGUAACGUGACUUCCUGCUGCAGGUGUGGCACAGCGAGGAGGAGGGGGACAUGCAGUCAGAGUCUCUGAGGAAGAAAGCCGUCAAGGUCAAACACGUCAAGAGACGAGAGAAGAAGAUGGAGAAGAAGGUGAGUCAUCUUUUACCUGACCACGAAUGACCUCCCUGAUGAUGUUACUGACACACCUGUGCUCUGCUGCAGAAGUCGGUCUUUGCCCCCAAAGAGGAGGUGAAGCCUCGCCGCCACAAAGCCAAACAGCGACACAGAGAGCGAGUGCGGCACAGUGAAAGAGGAGGUGAAGGCGGGGCUAAGGAGGUCGGCGGGGCUCUGAGGCAAUGUCUGGGGCCGGGGUGUGUCCAUCCAGCCAGGUCCAACUCCAAGUACUGCUCCGAGGACUGCGGCAUGAAGCUCGCCGCCAAGUGAGUCUGAUCACACAGCGUGGGGAUGCAUGGGGGGGCUGGGACAAGUCAAUAUAUCCACACUUCCUUAUGUGAUGUUCAUUAGUGAUCCGAGGGCGGAGAUUUACGCUGAUUAGAGGCUGUUUACAAAGUCAGAUCUCUGAUUGGCUGAUCUUUGAUUCACCUGUCCGUCUCUCAGUCGGAUCUAUGAGAUUCUUCCUCAGAGGAUCCAGCAGUGGCAGCAGAGUCCGUGCGUCGCUGAGGAGAUGGGGCGAAAACAGCUGGAGAGAAUCAGGAAGGAGCAGCAGGCGGCGAGACUCCGCCUCACUCUGAUGGAGAAACGUUUUCAUGAGCUGGAGGGAAUCAUCGCCAACGCCAAAAUGCAGCAGGUCCAACAAGACGAGGAGGUACGGAGCAGAGGGACAGGCGGCUCACUCGCCCGUCUCCCUCCUUUCUGUCCGUCUUUGACCUGAUCUGAUUUGUGUGUCCUCUCCAGGUGACCGAAGGUGACGGCGAUGACACAGACCUUCAGAUCUUCUGUGUUUCCUGCAGUCACCCUGUUAACCCGAAGGUGGCGCUGCGACACAUGGAGAGAUGCUACGCUAAGGUCAGUGAGCAGAAGGUUGAGUCGGUUUCUUUAAGCAGAUUUGAGUGAUUCUGGAUUUAUCAGAGUUUGAUUCAGACUUUCUACAAGGACUGGGUGAUUAUGUGACUGUGAUAAAUUUCAGUUCGAUUACGGUAAUCAGCUGUGAGCAUAUUUACUCGAUCAAACAUGGUGGAAAUGUGUGUCACAACAGCCAAUCAGAGUCGAGCUUUUCCUGCUCACUUCUGUAAGAUGUAAACAGGAGAAUUAAACAGAAUGACCGAACAUGAAGCUAAAUGUGGAGCUGAGGGCAGCAAAAUAGAUGUCAGCCAUGACUUUGAGUCAUCCUCUGAAGAUGUUAUUGUUGGGAAAAGUUAUUCAACAUCAGUUGUGUGUCUGUAGUUCGGACGAUCCUCAGCGACCCCGACUUGACGACUUGACAACAACGACGACGAGUUGAGCUUUUGUUAGCGGAGCAUGAGCGAGAGAGCGAGCAUGAGCGUGAGAGCAAGCAUGAGCGAGAGAGCGAGCAUGAGCGAGAGAGCGAGCGAGUCACUACUGCUAGCUAAGACCGAAGCCCUUCACGAGGCAAAUCAAACAAUUAUCACACUCAAACUCCAUAUCCAAAAACUUUCUGAGGAACUUAAAUCAAAAUCUACACUACUCACAACAUGUAUGGAUGUGGCCCACCAGAAAUCGCUCCACCUGUUCUCCCUCCAAGCUACCCUCCAAGACACGCUACCCUGGGAGCCUCACAGCCCAAAGACCUCAUCCCGACCGCCAUCCACCACAGCACCUAACCAGGACUCAACCUGGACUGAAGUCACAACUCGAACCAGGAAAACCAACAGCACCACCCCCUGGAACCCGGCCGGACCUACCUCAAGCUCCACGCCGAGCAACCCACUGCUCCGGUCCGAGAUCCUCGCCGGCAGUGUGACGGAUCCCCCUAACGAUGCCUCCACUGUCCGGUUAGCCCUCUCCAAUCGCUUCGAGGCCCUUAUGCAUCCUCCUAAGCCCGACAGGACCAGCCCGAACCAGUCCCCUCUCCGCGGUGACGUGGCGUUGUACUCUACAGCGGCUGCCAGAGCUCCCAUGGCUCCUACACGGCCACCCGGCGGAGCCCCCGGACCUUCGUCAUCAUCCAUCGAUGUCUCCGCGGCGUGCCGGCCCGACGACGCCAUCCUCCAUCCUCCUGUCCCGCCUACACUCCCUCCUCAACAUCACAGGCACUGCCCUCAACUGGAUCCAGUCAUAUCUCACAAACCGGAAUCACUUCAUCCACAUCAACAACUGCUCCUCCACAACUGCCCCCGUGUCCCAAGGUGUCCCCCAGGGUUCGGUGCUUGGUCCUCUCCUCUUUAUCAUCUACCUCCUCCCUCUCGGCCACAUCCUCCGUCAACAUAAUCUCCAUUUCCACUGCUAUGCUGACGACAUUCAAUUAUAUAUCUCUUCCACCUCCAUCACCCCCCAGACCCAACGCUCCCUCUCAAACUGCCUCACUGAUGUUAAAAACUGGAUGGACACCAACCUUUUAAAGCUCAACUACAACAAAACAGAUCUCAUCAUCAUUGGCCCAAAAUCCCUCACCUCCACAGUCACAGACUUUCAGCUCUCCAUUAACAACACCACCCUCUCCCCCUCCUCCCACUGUCGCAACCUUGGAAUUCUCUUUGACAGCAACCUCACCUUCACACAACAUGUUAAGCACAUCUCCAAAACAGCCUACUACCACCUCAAAAACAUUGCCCGCCUCCGCCCCUCCCUCUCCUACUCUGCAGCCGAAACCCUCAUACAUGCAUUCAUCUCAUCCCGUCUAGACUACUGCAACAGUCUCCUCCACGGCACUACCUCCACUCUCCUCAAUAAACUUCAGCUCAUCCAGAACUCUGCCGCCCGCCUCCUCACCCAUACACACUCCCACCAACACAUCACCCCCGUCCUCCAGAACCUACACUGGCUCCCCAUCCCCCAUCGCAUUCAGUACAAAAUCCUCCUUCUCACCCACAAAGCACUCCACAACCAGGCCCCCCCCUACCUGCAAGAUCUUCUCCACCCCUACAUCCCCCCCCGCACCCUCCGCUCCGCCGAUGCCAACCUCCUCACAGUACCCUCGACCAAGCACCGAACCUGGGGGGACAGAGCCUUCUCAGUCACUGCCCCCACCCUAUGGAACUCACUCCCACUGGACCUCAGAAAUUGCUCCAACCUUACCAAAUUCAAAGCCCAGCUCAAAACUCACCUUUUCCGCACUGCUUUUCAUCUUCCUUAGCCCCCCUCCUUGAUUGUUGAUUUUACCUGAUUUUACUUGAUUUUAAUUGAUAUUGAUGUAUUUUAUUGUAUAUUGAUGUAUUUUUAUUGAAUACUGAUAUUUGAUUUUAGCUAUGUACAGCGUCUUUGAGUCUCUGAAAAGCGCUCAACAAAUAAAAUGUAUUAUUAUUAUUAUUAUUAUUAUGUUUUAUUUGUUCACACUUCUGUUUCUGUAUAAUAUUGUGUUAAGGGUUGUUUACAACUGGUAUAGCUAACAACAACUAACAACAGCUAACGACAGCUAACGACAGCUGACAAUUGUUGACAACAGCUAACAACGGGUAGCUGUAGUCGUCCAUCUUGGUUAUCUGACUUGUUUACUGGAAUGUUGUCAACUCAGGUGUAACGUCAUUCUCAGCUCUGACAUCCGACUUCUGAGGUAACUAGAAUGCAGUGUAAGCCGAGUUGAGGGCGGUCGAUGCCCUCAAAAAUCUGCAACACAACAGAUCUGUUUAAUUAUUUGAAGAAGUUAAGAAAACAUGAAAAUGUGGGCGGAGUCUGCACAGCCUGUCACUGCUUUAGUACAGAUGCUUUAAAACUAGCAGUUUAAAAAAAAAAAAAUGGUGAUAAUAAUUGAGAUCGGACAAUAUGACGAAAUAUAUUGUGGUUAUUUUUUGUGCCAAAUUGCCCAGUCCAACUUUCUACAUCCUCCCAAGAAUAAAAGCUCUCUCUGUCUGCUCCACAGUACGAAAGUCAGACAUCCUUCGGCUCCAUGUACCCGACAAGGAUAGAGGGGUAAAAAUGUCUAUUUGUCUGUCUGUCUGUCUGUGUGUCCGUCUGUCUGUCCUCAGUCAUACCUGUCUGUCUGUGUGUGUGUCCGUCCGUCCGUCCGUCUGUCUGUCUGUCUGUCUGUCCUCGGUCAUACCUGUCUGUCUGUGUGUGUGUCCGUCCGUCCGUCCGUCCGUCCGUCUGUCUGUCUGUCUGUUUGUGUGUCCUCGGUCAUACCUGUCUGUCUGUUUCAGGGCGACCCGGCUCUUCUGUGACGUGUACAACCCUCAGAGUAAGACCUACUGUAAGCGUCUGCAGGUUUUGUGUCCUGAACACUCCAGAGACCCAAAGGUACGACUGAAAACAUCAUCCAGUGAUUUUAUGCUCAAUUUUCACCACAUCCAGAACAGCUGCGAUAUUCGUCGUCCGCAAAUUCCUACCGGAUCCGUUUAAGAGGUGAAUUUCGCAAUAACGAGUUGUCUCUAUAAAGACAGCCACAUAGACACGUAAGCAGUAGAUUGUGUCCUUCCAGAGGAGAAAAUCUACUUCUAGACUUCUAGAAUCAGCAUCUCCUCAUCCAUGGUGUCAUCGGGGUGAAAUGACGUCUAAAAACCUUUCACUUGUUCGUCUCGGCCCGUUUGCAUGGUGUGAAAUACGAUCCUCCUGAAACACAGAGUGUUUUAUUUUGAAAAGAAGCCGGAUGUUUUAUUUUGUGUCUGUGCCCGACUUCCUUUCCAGCACGGGUUAAUCUGUGCUGAAUUUAUCCGCCAUGCUCCGGCGUCCAGAAAAAAUAGAACUCUUGCGAUCAGGUGAGGAGUCCGGCGUUCCGCAGCGGAACGGAAAGAAGUCGGUGUAAAUUGACACGUUAACUUGAAUGGUUACGAUCAGCUACGAUCGGAGGAUAUGACCUUUUUGUAGCCGUUCUGGAUGUGAUGGAAAUUGGGGGUUAGCCUCAUACAGUGACUUCCACUUAAGAGUCAGAAUCAUAUGUGUUGCUGGCAUGUUGCCUUUGCUUUAACUUUCCACAAAUUUGAGAUUUAAAUGAGCUGCAAACCAUCAAAUAAACAACGUCCCAACUUUUUCAGUAUCAGGCUUGAAUGAGUUUCAGCGUCACGAGACUCGUCUUUUCGUAUUCAUGAAAAAAACUCUAAAUUAGCUCAGAGUCAUUUCAUCUUGAUUGGUGCUUUUACCUCUCCUCCAUGAUGAAGUCUGUCUCUCCUGAGGAAGUUUCAUGAAUACAGGUCCCUUUUUUGUACAACCUCUACAACCUUCAACCUUCUCCCUCUGCCUCCCCCUCUCUCUCUCUCCCUCUCUGUCUCCCUGUCUCUCUCUCUCUCCCUCUGUCUCUCUCUCUGUCUCUCCCUCUCUCCCUGUCUCCCUCUCUCUCUCUCUCUCCCCUCGCCUCUCCCUCUCUCUUUCUGUCUCCCCGUCUCUCUCUCUGUCUGUCACCCUCUGCCUCCCCCCCUCUCACCCCCUUUGUCUCUCUCUGUCUCCCCCUCCCUCUCUCUCCCUCUUUCUGUCUCUCUCCCUCUCUCUUUCUGUCUCUGUCUCCUCCUCCCUCUUUCUCUCUCUCUUUCUGUCCCUGUCUCCCUCUCUCUCUCUCUCCCCUCACCUCUCCCUCUCUCUUUCUGUCUCUGUCUCCUCCUCCCUCUUUCUCUCUCUCUUUCUGUCCCUGUCUCCCUCUCUCCCUCUCUCGCCCUCUGUCUCUCUCUCUCUCUCUCCCUCUCUGUCUCCCUGUCUCCCUCUCUCUCUCUCUCUCCCCUCGCCUCUCCCUCUCUCUUUCUGUCUCUGUCUCCUCCUCCCUCUUUCUCUCUCUCUUUCUGUCUCUGUCUCCCCGUCUCUCUCUCUGUCUGUCACCCUCUGCCUCUCCCCCUCUCACCCCCUUUGUCUCUCUCUGUCUCCCCCUCCCUCUCUCUCCCUCUCUCUCCCUCUUUCUGUCUCUCUCUCUCUCUCUGUCUCUGUCUCACCCCUGCAGGUUCCAGCAGACGAGGUGUGCGGCUGUCCUCUGGUCAAAGACGUGUUCGAGCCGACCGGUGAGUUCUGUCGCAUCUCCAAGAGGAAGUGCAACAAACAUUACUGCUGGGAGAAACUGCGCCGCGCCGAGGUCGACCUCGAGAGAGUCCGAGUGGUAAUCACAGAAAUCUUUAUCACCAAUAGACCUUGUUAAAUCGAGGCCAAAUCUGAAGUCCCCAAUCUAAUCCUUCACCUGUGUUUCUUCUUCCUCUGUCCACCUGUCCCCCUUUCCCUUUUCGUCCCUCUGCCUGUCUGUUAUCUCUCCAUCCGUCCGUCUGUCUGUCCGUCUCCAUCUGUCAGUGGUAUAAGUUGGACGAGCUGUUCGAGCAAGAGAGGAAUCUGAGGACGGCCAUGACGAAUCGAGCCGGCUUAUUGGCUCUGAUGCUUCACCAGACCAUCCAACACGACCCAAUCACAACCGACCUGCGCUCUGCCAAGGACAGGUAG